CUGCCUUCCUCUUUCAAUAACUUUUUUUUCCCUUCAAAAACUACAUUCAGUCGUCUUGGAUCUGUCUGGAAAGGGAAACUUUACAAAUGUUGCUGAACUGAGAUAUAGUCUCUUACAAACGUCUUCCAGUUUACGCAUUCUCUUACAGUAAGUUCACACGAGAAGAUUUCUUUGGAGAAAUUAGCUCGUUUUGCUUCUUUGGAAACCUGACCUGGAAUUCAUACCCUGGAAGAAACAGGCGUGCUGUUUGAAGAUUAAAGAAGGUGAAGGGGUGCUGGAGGUGGAACCACAUCUUUCCGUGGGAAGAAAUUAGAAAGUGUCUAAUCGCGUUGAAAUUCCUGGGGGAUUAUAUGUUUCAUCAUUUUCUGCCUAAUUCUACGGCUUUUUUGGUUACUGUUGCACUUCUGUAGUGCCUGCGUAUCUGUCUGUUAGAGAGAUAUUAACGAAGUGGAGACGAGGGGAGGCAGGGGAAGAUAUUUUGUCUUUGCAAAUUAAAUAAAUAAAUACGGUAGUGCUCGCAAUGGCUACGAGCACGAAGUCUAAUGCCUGAAGACAAACGAUUUUUAUUUGGGAGUAUUAAUGCAUUCGAUGAAGGAGGGAGUCGCUUUGGGAAAGUACUGAAACUUUCCGAUUCCAGCGUGGUUUCAGCGCAGAGGAUUUGUUCGCAAGCCCAGAAGAGCGUUGGACACGCCACCGAUUUCUUCUCGCAUUUCUGCUCUCGCUGAAUAUCUUUCUGUGUCUUGAGGAUUCAUGGGGGAAAAGUACAGUGCUGCCGGAGCCUUGACCGUCUCGGCGUGUGUCACGCAGAAAAAGCCCGAGAGCGGUUCUGUAAUGUUUCAGCGCCCCGGCUGAUUCCCACCGUUUCCCGAAAGCCCGGGGGGCGGGCUGGAGGGCAAGUGGCGCAACGCGGAGAUCAAACGCACCGAACUCUCAGGAUUGCGGUCGCCCUGGAGCAGCAAAGGACAGCGGCACUGAUCUCACGGGGAAGGCGGAUUCUCACAAUGCGGCGCCAACGAUUGGGGGUGCCGCGAUAACGAGCUGCUCGGCACCGGGGCACACGCGCUCGUUACCGGCGUCGCAGUGGUAAUGUCACCGUCCUGGUGUGACACUUCGCCUCCACAGCUACUAAACCGCGACUUGCCGAUGUACUCCAUUUGAGUGAACGUGUGACAGAUUACCUGCACAAGUGACCAACAAUUCAUUAAAAAAAAAACCUGGAUUUGACUUUCGUGGAGGAAACGAGUUUCAACUCGAUCGAUAUCUGCCCUCAAGCCACGUGCACGACACGACCACUUUUGGAUACAAUUAUCAAAUUGUGCCUUUCCACAAGUUGCAUUGCAACUUUUACUUUACUUUUGGUUUACUCUGGAACUUUUUUUUUUGGUCGGAGGCUAACUGGAGUACGCUGUCGGCUUCGCUGUGCACCAUGUGCGGCCGGGGCCCGCCUCUGCAAUGACCGGUCCGCAGCGGCCACUGGCCGGGCUCUGGCCGUGGCUGCUAAUGGCGGCCCUUCAGGUAGUGCUCGGGCAGACCGGGCUGGAGCUGGCGGCUGCCGAGUCGGAGCGCUCCCCGCAGAAGGCUGUCCUCAAGGUGACACUGCUGAGAGCUGAGCGGGCGGGGGAGUCGCUCACCUUGGAGGGGGUGUUCGCGGGGGCCAGUGAGACGGGUCCAGCCCAAGGCCAGCUCAUGCAGUCCCAUCCAUUGUCCCUGUGCAACACGAGUGAUGAUGAGCAGCAAGAGCACUUAUUUAUCAGCUUUGUCAAGCUGGAGAGUCAAGACAGAGACCCACAUCCUUGCCUCACUCUCCUUAAAAAGGCUCGGCUGGCAUUGCACCGUGGGGCUCAGGCGGUCAUUUUUGACAUCACUGAUGAUGCAAGUGCAGCUGACCAGCUUCGUGAGACUGAUGACCUUUUACAGAAGCCAGUGGUACUGGUCCAAGCUAAGAAUGCUGCCACCUUGAUGGAGCUUGUUAACAACAACCAGGAAGCCAUGGUGAAAAUUGAGCCAAAGAAGGAGCCAGACAACUGGGCACACAACGAUGUUGUAAUUCUGUUCACUGUAGUUUCAACUGUCUUAAUUAUCAUUCUGGUCUUUGCCUGUCGUUUAAAGUGUAAAGCAAAUCCAAAUCAGGAUUCUAUUAAUCAACAAACUGUCCGUGCGAUCAGCCGCCUGGAAACUCGCAUAUAUAGGUCACCAUGCCGUGCAAGAAAUCAGCGAUCCAGGGGCAACUGGGAUUCUGCAAGCAGCAGUAACUCCACGCCUGUUUGUGCCAUCUGCUUGGAGGACUUCAUUGAUGGACAGGACCUGAGAGUCAUUUCAUGCUGUCACGAAUUCCAUAAGGAGUGUGUGGACCCAUGGCUGCUACAACAACGUACAUGUCCACUUUGCAUGUACAAUAUUAUGGAAGCUGAGUCACCUCCUGUCCCUAUGGUUGAUGGGAUGCAGGCAAGCCGUAGCCAGAGGAUUCUGUUUUUCCAGCAAUAUCCCAGUCAUGCUCGAUUACACCAACAUUCAACUGCCAUUCCCAUGCAACCCUAUCCCAGAGCUCCAACAGGACCAGGUGCUCAAGCAGUCCACUACUACGUUACUCCUCCUAUGGAGCCCAAUGCUGUAAGGUGCAUGUCUAGUCGGCCUACCCGAGCACCACUUCAGCGGUGUCCGUAUCAGCCCAUAGAAAGUCUGCAGCCUAGGCAGCACAGAACUGUAUACCUGAGGCCCCCAUCACAUUUGGAGCAGUAUUACCAGCAUAGACCUUGCUUUGGCCAGAACAGAUCUGCUUAUCUAGCUCCACGAAGCACUUUCAAACCCCGAAACAACAGCAUUCCUGCAAGAAGUGGAGGACACAGUCGACAAGAUGAUGGAAGCUGUUCAGGGGGUAGCUACCGAACAGAGAGAAGUGGCUACUUGGCCGAUGGACCCGGAAGUGAUUCUAGCUCGGGGCCUUGCCACGGCUCAUCAAGUGAUUCUGUUCUUAACUGCACAGAUAUCAGUCUCCAGGGUGUCUAUGGGAGCUGGUCAACAUUUCGUAGCUCUUUGAGCAGUGAUUAUGAUCCAAAUGUUUUCUGUGGACAAGGACAAUCAGAUAGGGAAACAGGGGGAGGUGGAGAUGGUGGCGGUGGUGGAAUUGAGCAAGGAGCAAGACCAAGAUCCUUGGAUUCCAUAGUUAACUGGACAGGCCUUUGCCCUGAGGAACAAGUAUUCAGUCACGUUCAUUACCACAGGCAUCGGCACCAUCACUAUGGGCAGGGAUGUCAAAAGAGCCACCUUGGUCAUGGACCAGCAAGGAACUCUGAUGGAGAGUUGUGUGCUGCAAUGACUUCUGCUGACUGUUGGCAAUCCAGGCCUCUUGAAGCUCACCACUGCCCACCAGCAAAUAGCUCUCCUAUUCAGUGCCCUGCACCAUCUUUGGUGCAGUGUCCAGCAGCAGCAGCCAACCAGUUGGAAUCUUCAGUACAAAGACUUGAACAAGGCAACAGACCGACAGUAGAAAGCUGUCAAGGUACUAGCACGUCCUUGUCAAACAGCUAUGGUGUCAAUAGUAGACACCAUUGGAGAAAACAGAGAAUCGAUCCAGAAAAAUCUAUGCAUUUCCACGAAGGUGCAGAUGUGCAUGAAGACUGUAGCAUCCACAUUCACUAUGGCCAUGACUCUGGCUAUUGCUGUUCUGCAGACAUUCAGCCAGUGGCACCGGUACCACUGGUAUUGGACUCUACUGCAGGACCCCAUUUUACGUGGCAGCAGCAACCACAGCCUUUGUCAGAGUCUGCAGCGUCGGGUAACCAGCAAAGAGAACUCAGAAAUGGAGGAUCAGAAGGCCAGGCACCCACAGAGAAUUAUUUGUUGAAUCAAAUCUAAUCAUUUGAUCAGGGAUCAGAAGAAAACAACAGAGCCUGAGGAAUUGUGCUUCUCUGAGAUACCAUGACUAAAGUGUAAAACAAAUAAAGCCUUUUACGGUGGACUUAGGUUCAAAUUUAUUGUCUGUGCUUGUAAUGUGACCCAUGGGUCUCUAAACUCCCAGGACCAAGGUGAAGUUCUGUCAAAUUCGAGGCUGCGUGUUCUGGUCUUCACACCGUAUCUCACAGAUGUACCCCUCACGUGCCUGGGUUAGCAGAGUUUCAUUCCAGACAGUGAAGUUCACGUUAGUCACUGCUAGAUGGCCGAUUUCCAGCUGAGGACCAUCACUUUAAACAUCUCAAGGGUGAAGGACCAGCAGUGUGGCUCCAGACAGGAAAACUUGUACCUCACACUACACAACGCAAACCAUUUGAGGGGCACCUCCAAAGCUCUGAAAGGCCGGAAUGGAGUAAAACCUGCAAUUUUUCAGAUUAGAUUAAUUUUUGAAAACACUGAUUAGUUACAGCGUAACAUGGCAAUUUCAGUUCCAUCUAGUGGUGGUCUUCCUUAUGCGAGGGCUGACGCUUGAUGUCUUCAUUUCUGCGCACUUAUGUUGUUUAUUCACCGAGAGUGCUACGUUAUAUUCUUCUCAUUUCCAUCAUCCUAAUAUUAUUAGUGUACAGGCCACUUCAGUGAUGAAGUAAUACACCGUAACUUUACUCAAAGCUAAUUCCUGCACACCCUGCAGUUGUGAUGUUUGACGCUGAGGAACGUGUUGAAUGUCCCGUGACACAUUAUGCUGCCCGUGAGCCUGCGUCGGCUUUAGAGAGUCGGGUAAAGGAGCAGUGAUGCCUGCUGAUGAUCCGAAUGAAUCUCUUUUAUAGAAGACAUUGUAGUUCUGUCUUGUGCAACUCCUGGAUGCAGAUUGCAUUUCCUUGGAUUUAAAUGCUUCUGCAAAAUUGUCUGAAAUUCACAGAUCUUAAAAACAUCUGGAAUGUAUUAGAAUAAAACGAGAAGCUCGACACUUGUUGAGCAAUGAAAUACUGAACUCACCAGUCCAUGUUGGUCAAAAGUGCUUGUGGGCAUACAUGACUGGUAUAUUUGUUCAGUAAAAGUGUUGCAGCUUCAUAUGAGGAUAAUUUACAUAAACCUGCAUAUAAAGGCAUCCAUACAUGCAGUCGCCUUCAUGUUCACUUUCAAAUCCAGUUCUUCAAAUGCAGUGCUGUUGGCAGUCACAGCCUAACUUGACUUUGUCUGAUUGGUUUCGUUGUAUUUUUAGAAGACUCGCCUUCACAAAGUGCCCCAUUCGUUCAAAUCUGACUCUUCUGAUGCUCCAUGUUCAGUGCAUGUUCAUGAGGAGCCUCAACUCAUCCCCACAGCUUUGGACACAAGGCUGGGACCAACCGUGAUUACAUGUAGCUUGUGAUGGUCCGGUGGUGUUAAAGGCUCGUUGGUCUUCAAGGUCUGCACAAAGCAUGUAGCGCCACAGAGAGCUCUCUAGAAGGUUUGAUCGUAGCACUUGUACACUCAUCUGCUGACAUGUUGCUGAGCCUUCACUGGCUGUCCUUCCUGUGACUGUCCACAGUAGCCCUUCACCCAGAAGCUUUAUAAAGGGGGUGCCAGUCUUUUUCUUUUGUUUCCUACUAGUUAGUUUCUGCCAUCAUUGUCCACGGGCCUGUUUUCAGACUUCAUUCCUUCCUGCAGUUAUUCAGUGGGUGAGUAACUAAAAAUGGAACCGCUGGCUUUUCUUUUGUGCUCCGUCUCUCGGAGGGCUUUGCUUUAGAAACGCCUUUUUAGGAUUGCUGUGUAGCUUUUCUACAGCUGCUGUGAUGUUGAAGAGAAUUUCUAACCAGAAGAUUGUUCUCCCUUAGUUGUACAAACUGCUUAUGGUUUACGCUCCUCACUAGUCAGGUUAUUUUUAGAAGUCAUGGCACUCGAGCCCGUUGGUCAGAGGCAUAACGUAACAGUUGAGAAUGCCACUGAUGUGUUCCUCAUACGCAAAUAAGGAGUGAUGUCAGCAUGCCCUGUGAGGGCACAUCCAGACGCUUUGUGUAAUGUGGGCUCUGGUCAGAAGGGCACAGACGGUGCCAGCCUAACUCCACAUUGAGCUGUUUAGAAAUGUGUAAGUGGCUGUGUGCUCGGCCCUCUGCCUGUGUCCUGCAGUACGCUGUACGGCCCCCUGUCCUCCCUCAUUUUGCUCAGACGGUGCUGGGGGCUGCCAGUAUCCUCUACUGCACUUUCCUGAAGCUCUCAGGUUAGAGUUGGAGUCCUGCUGGGGCGUUUUGAUGGUCACCUGGGCCGCCACUUCACUUCACACCGGGAGGCUGCAGGGCCACCGCCAUUCAGGGCUUGGAUGGUAUCCCCCACUUGGCGCUUUGUUCCGAUUUGCCCCUUUAGUGGUCCUGAACAUUUAGGACAUGCGCAGAUAUUUUUUUUUUUUUUGCAUUUUGUUUUUAUUUUUAUGACAAGUGAAAUGUGCUAAAAGUGCGUUUUUGUAUCUGAACAUGAUCUCUGCAGAAGCCUUGUUUUCUUCAAGGUUUUCUCAGUAUAUUUUUUUGGUACUUUGCAUAUAAAAUAUAUUUUAUAAAUAUAUAACUGAACAUUUCAAUAUGGUAAUAUGUCAUUAAUAUAUUUAUUUACUAAUAUAUUUAUCCAUAUUUUUUGCCAGGUGUAAAAAUGAUGUUGUUCUAUUGGAAAAUGAUCAGUACCAUUGCAUAUAAAAGAUGCCUGGCUUCAUUCCAAUUAUACACAAAUAAAUUAUUUUUAAAUAA